AUGGCGGGUCCUCGCGGAGGCCACGUACUCGCGGCAGCGACAGCCGUGGCGGCGGCAGUGGCGCUGCUCGCCCUCAUCCGCCGCCGCCGCCACUUGCAAGGCCCUCUCAUCGACGCUGAUCUGGACGGCACGUGGCCGCUCCCACUGGCGCAGCCAGAGGCGGUGGGGCUAUCGACCCAGCGCUUGAGUGAGAUCAGCCGGUGGAGCGACGGCUGGGUCGGCUCUGGGAAGCUGCCUGGGCUCUUCACCGCCAUCGCUCGGCGAGGGAAGCUGGUUUAUGCGCACUCGAGCGGCUCUGCAGACGUGGCCAGCGGCAGCCCGCUGACGCAGCACACCCUCGUCCGCCUCUACUCCCUCACCAAGCCGCUCGUCUCCGUGUGCGCGAUGGUGCUCUACGAGAAGGGACUCUUCCAGCUCGACGAGCCCGUCUCGCAUCACCUGCCUUCGUUUGCAAACGCGCGGGUGCUGCUCGCCUCGGGCGAGAUCGUCCCGGCGGAGCGCGAGGUGACUGUGCACCACCUGCUCACGCACACCGCCGGGCUGACGUACGGCGACUCGGACACCGCCGUCGACGAGGCCUACAAGGCGGCGGGCUGCGGCUGGGAUGCACCGUACCACCUCUCGCUCUCCGACUUUGUCGACCGGAUCGGCCGGCUGCCGCUCGCCUUCCACCCCGGCGAGUCGUGGCGCUACUCGUACGCGACGGACGUGCUCGGCCGGCUGCUCGAGGUGAUCUCAGGCCUGCCCCUCGACCGGCUGAUGGACGAGACCCUCUUCUCCCCGCUCGGGAUGGCCGACUCUGGCUUCGUCGUGCCGCCGGAGAAGCUGCCGCGCUUCGCCGCAAUCUACGAGGCGUCCGAGGCUCCGGGCCGCGUCGGCGCCGUCGCGCGGCAGCGCCGCCGCUUCGAGCGCGGCGGGUCCUUCGCCACGCUGCUCUGGUCGCUCCGCCGGUCUGCCGACGCGGGCAGCCAGCCUGUCCUCGCGCACGUCUUGCGGCAGCUGCACGACGGUGGCGUCAACAAGAUGGGCCUGAGCCCUCAGCUUGAGAUUCGCUUCGUCGACCUCGGCGCCACCUUUGCCAACGGGUUCGCCGCCUCGCUGCUCGCUGCUCGCUCUGAGGUGGGCGAAGCCGAUUUUCUGAUCUGCACGCCCGACCACUUGUUCGAUUGCUCGCUCGUCCCGAGGAUGCGCCGCGCGCUCAUCGACGCGGCGGGCGGCGACGGAAGGCCGUCGGUCUUCGACGCGGUAGCCCUUGUCGAGGAGGAGCCGGUCGAUCGCCACAGGCGCGGCCUUCCGGACAGCAUGGUGCGGGUCGCGAUGCAGAGCGAGGAGCACGGCGGGGUGGCGGCGGUGCUGCAUCUCGGCGAGGGCACCAUGCCCGAGGCGGGCCCGGCGGUGCGCCACGGCGUCGAGGCGGGGAUCUACGCGUGCACGCCGGCCGUCUUUGCGCGGCUCGAGGAGCUCAGCCUCCACCUAGACCACUUCGCGCUGUCCGAGGCGAUGGCGCGCCUCGUCGAGCACGGGCGGCUCGGCGGCACGUCGACGCGCGGCCGCCCGUGGUUCGCCUUUGAGCGGGCCCCGGCGGCGGAGCAGGAGCGAUUCCACGUCAUCGACCGGCGGCUCAACGAGGCGGCGCUCACCCCGCCCUCGUCACCUCUGUCGAUGACGAGACGCCUCGCUCAACGGCUCAACGGCUCACCGCGUCCGUCGUCACCGUCGCCACCGUCGCCACCGUCGAGACCGACGAGCAGCGCCUCGCCGCCACCGAUCCAGGCGGCGUCGCCGUGGCGGAGGGAGCCCAGCUCAGCCGACCCACCGCCACGCCCCCGCCGCUUCCACGCGGGCGGCGGCGUCGUCUCGACGGCGCACGAUUACCUGCGCUUCGCGGCGAUGCUGCUCAACCGCGGCGAGCUCGACGGCGUUCGGAUCCUCUCGUGCAAGACUGGAUCGCCGGCCGACAGUGGCUUCGCGGAGACCGGCUUUGACGGCAUCGGGUUCGGCCUCGGCUGGAGCGUCAUCGUCGAUCCGAUCAAGGCGCGCCUGCUCGCGAGCAAGGGCGAGUUUGGCUGGGGCGGCUGGGCGAGCACCUUCUUCGCUGUCGUCCCGCGCGAGCAGAUGAUUGUGCUCUCGCUCGCGCAGAUCGCACCGUCCGAUCGCUAUCCCAUCCGCCGCCAGCUACGGACCAUGGCCAUGAGCACUAUAGUCGAUUGA